UACAGUUUGGUCGAAGUCGGGACAACAGAGAGAAAAGAGUUGCUAACGUUGGUGUCGUCACAGUGCGCGUGAGCCUGCGCUGGAGUUAGCGUAUUGUGAAGUAACUUUAUCCGGGCUGAGUUUCCAAAGUGGCGUUAAACUAAUCAAUAAGUUCCUAUUAAUCUGGACGGCGUUGUUGUAGGACAAUGCCGACUCACUCGCUGUCGCCGUUUGCGGAGAGCCCAGAUGGACUUGCCCAAGAUAUUCUUAUUAGUAACAAUGCAAGCAUCCCAGGGCCGGGCUCGAGCAUGACACCACACACCACCUACUCAGAGAAGGCUGUGUCGCAAUCAGGAGGAAGUGUGUCGUGUAUGUUCUGUGAGCAGACUUUUACACAUCAGGAUGAGCUAGGACCCCACGUGUUAACAGAGCACCCUACUACUUUCUUUGAGCCAGCUGUGCUCAGAGUGGAAGCAGAGUUCAGGAUCCCAGGAGAGAGGCCCCACCCCGAAGAGAGCAGCCUGAAUGCUGCUGACAAAGAGGAGGUGCACAGCUGUAUCGUGUGCAGUCAGGUGUCGCAAGAUGCCAGUGAGCUGGAGACCCACAUGAGGAAGCACAAGGACUACUUUACUUACUGCUGCAAUGUCUGCGGACGGCGUUUCAGAGAGCCGUGGUUCCUCAAGAAUCACAUGAAGAUGCAUGUAAAGCCAGGACCAAAGAGCAAGGCCCAGCAAGACCUGGAGACCCCGGCUACAGUCAACGGCAUCAUCCAAGACCCUGCUUCAGAGCCUGUGGUCACAGUUUACAAAAUGUGCAUGGUUUGUGGGUUUUUCUUCCCCGACCACGACAGCUUGGCUGAACAUAGUAAAGUACACAAUAGAGAGGUGGAGCCUGGCAAAGACAAGGACAAGGAGAAGGUGGAUGGCACGACUGAAUCCCUUGACAAACAGGAAGCAUUUCUUCACAGUCUAAACCUCAUGCCUCGCUCCUCUGUAAAUAGUUUGCAACAUGAGAGAUCAUCAAAAUGGAUUCCCCAGCUUGAUCCCUUCAACACAUACCAGGCCUGGCAACUUGCUACAAAGGGAAAGAUAGCAGUAGGUCCAAAUAAUAUUAAAGAUAUUGGCCUAGACGCCAGCACAGACAAUGAAGAAUGCAGCUCUGAUAAGGAGGAGAUGAAUAUUUGGUCUGAGGGUCAAGGAGACAAAGCUGCGAAAGAGGGCCUUGGGAGGGAGCUCAGAUCUCAGCAGCAGGCUGUGGUAGGAAACGCAGCGCUGCAGCGGAGGUCUCUAAUGCAAAAAAAUAAAGACAAAGAAAGACCAACUACUUGUGAGGAGUGUCAGAGAACCUUCAGGACCUACCACCAGUUAGUGCUCCACUCCAGGGUCCACAAGCGUGAGAGGGCUGGUGGAGAGAGCCCAACUUCCUCUGUAGAUGGGAAGUUGUCAAGAGUGGGCUCACUUGAGCAGGCAGAGGAGGGCAGCGAGGAGGGCUUUGAGGAGGCAGCACUGGCAGAAAAUCCAGGUGAAGAUGGAUCAAAAGUCAGAUCGAAAGGAUGCAGUUACUGCGGCAAAUCAUUCCGAUCAAGCUAUUACCUCACAGUUCACCUGAGGACCCACACAGGUGAAAAACCAUUCAAAUGUGCUUACUGUGACUACGCUGCAGCCCAGAAGACUUCACUGAAGUACCACCUGGAUCGGCGUCACAAGGACAAACCCUACGUGGACAUUUCCAACAGGUCCAUGCCUUUAGUGCCUUUUCCUAAUGAGAGAAAACACGUAAUUGACAAUGAAAAUCCUGCUCCAAAUAGAUCCAAACUCUGGGUUCCCGGAGCCAGAUCGUGCACCAGUGGAACACCAGAGGACACAUUUGAUAGCACAGGUAGCAAGCUUGGCAAACCACUCGUCCAGAUGAAUGCUGAGUACGAGAAAUUAAUUGCAAAGUCUGCUUACUCACCUACUGACGAUGUGGUCGUAAAGUGUCCCGUACCUGUUAACCUGAAGAUGGAAAGGGAAGAGAUAAAAGUUGAGAACUCUGAGGCCCCAUUAAAUCUGUCCUUAAAAGUGUCUCUCUCCAUCUCUGCCAGUGCAGAACCCAGAAAUGGAUUAAUUCCAAUUGCCUGUUCAUUUUGUGCGUAUAAAACCAUGUACCCAGAGGUUCUCAUCAUGCACAAAAAACUCACUCAUAAAGAUAAGUCAGACAGCAUGAAAAAGAUUGGAUACAGCAGUUUGAAACAAAAACGUUACACAGGUUGUCCCCCUGCGCUUGAUGGGAAAGACGUCACCCCGCUUCCGAUGUUUGACCGGCGCCACCCUCGUCGAACCAAGUCCCCUCCCCCUCAGACUGCAAAGCCACAAGAAAAGACACCCAGUAACCCACCUCAUGCACCCAAGCAGUCCCCUAUCCAUGCACCUGUACAUGAUGAGACUCAGCGUUACACACAUAACAGUGACACACUCCCCAGUCAGGAACCCUCCAGGUAUACGGAGCUCAUGAGGAAAACCAACACAGGCAGCAAGUACACCAUGGAGCGAGCAGGCCCCCCAGACAGAGUGGGCAUCGGUGAGAGGAGUUACCCAGCCAGAAGUGGUGUCAUCUGGCACUCGGACGCUGCCAGGCUGUGCCUGUCGAGCCGAUUUGGGAGCCUCCCUCAGAUGGAUUUUGGUGAACCUUCCAGCAAGAGAUUAAAGUACGCAGUACCUCCAGGCAGGGAAGCUGACACCAGUGAGAAGCCUGGCUUUAGAGGACCAGCAGGGAAUGUGUCCAACAGGCUGCUUAUCUCAGGGAGGAGUGUGAAAACACCGCCACAAAUGUCGGGCCCAUCCACCGUCUCUGAGACCCUGGGCCCUUUGAAGGCUACAUCUACAGCUAUCGGAGGAGGCUUGGAUUCUGAGUGGAGCAUGAUGAACCUUCUGCGCUCCUACCCACCCAAUGACCUGGCAUCCCUCUAUCACAGCGCACCAGUCAACCCCAGUCAUGGAGGACUGGCCAACCCAAGAUCAGGGGGCAGAACUGUGCUGUACCAACACUUACCCACUCUGCCCAACCUUCAGAGGAGAGACCCCCCGGGCGCUUUCCCUAAUCAACGCUAUGGGACCACUGAUAAAAGUAACUAAAGUGGCACCAAGGUAAAAGGUUGAAAACAUUUUCAAACCAUCAACAGAAUUGUUGAAAAGUUUUACCUGGUACUAAUAUUUGAAAACAUGAAAAGUAUUUUUCUUCUUCUCUCUAGAUUUGCUGCUCCCUUAUUUUGGAGAACGUCUUAAAAUAAUUCAAUAUACUGAUUAAAGAGAGGUGGUUUGUGCUGAAAAAAGUACCUAGGCUCCCCUGAUUUAGCAAUUUUUUUGAAUAGAGGGAAAUUGUGUUGCAAAGACAUUUCAGGCCCGAGGCCUUUAGUGUACAUUUGUUUUCUUUUUUGAAUGAGAAGUGCAAAUCAUCUCUCCUAACAGACGUUAUUUCACUGGUGUGCACUCAGAGUUGUUGCUUAAUCCAUGUUUGACCCACACUAAUGCUCAGAUAUCUGUAAAUGUCUAUGACAUAACAGUAAAAGUUGUAUGUGGGAUAACAUAAAUAUAUUUGUAAGCUUUCAGUACAUGAAAAUAUAUAAAGUAAAAACUUAAGAAAAUGUAAUUUGUGUGAAAAAUUGCUGCUCUGUUCAUUUACUGUUCAUGUCCAGGCAGUGAUUAAGCACUAUUUUUUGUCCUUUUCCAAGGCACUGAAGGGUGGGGAUUUUCUGUUUGAUAGCACCAUGGCUUGGGCCCAGUGGUUUACAAACAGGCCACAGUAACAAGUCCUGUGAACGUAGAAGUGGUCUACCUCAUGUUAUGCCCUCGACACUGUUCUUAUUGUAAAGCUGCUGUAGCUACCAUGUCAGCUGAGCCUCUGUCCGUAGCUGUCUUAUCGACCAGAGAUGGAUGUUUUGAGUUGAAGUAGAACUAGAUGGGCAUGUGUUUGUCAGGCGUCACGGUCGUUUGGAGGCACCACAUUAAACACAAACUGAUCUGGUGAUACAGAACAACUACUGCUGAGGCCAUAUUGACCUGUGGCACGAUUAUCUGUAACACAGUGUGGAGUUCUUUGAUACUGUUGGUAUUAACAAGCCCAGUUUUAAACACAGAACAUGUUUUCUGGUUAAUUGUUCUUUAGAAACAGCCGUCAUCUGCUUUAGUGGUGCCUGAAAUCCAUAAGCUGUAAACUGUACCAAAUCUCAUGAGUUCUGUUUGUGAAUGAAGUGGUCAUGCUGAAUUAUUUGGACUGCACAUUUAGUCACUUUUCAGGAGUUUGCUUUCACUAUGCAGAGUCUUGAAAGUGUUUUGUUUCAAGUGGAGGCAGUCAGUCCCAGCUGGUCAUCAAGUGGUCCUUCAGACUGUAUGACUGUAGUUUUGAAAAAUGAAAAAACAACAACAACAACAACAAAAAAAACCAGAAGCAGCUGUGUUGAUUAAUGGCUCGAUUAAUUACACUGUGAACAAAAGGUCUCAGGUUAACUCAUUUACGAGCUAUUUAGUCUGUUGUGUGAUCUAGUAGUUUGCCACUUUGAAAGGCUCGGGUUAAGUUAUUUCUUUCUUUUUUUGUUUGGUAUUCACAUUACAUGUGUACUUAUGUAAAAAUGAAAAUAUUGUUUGAGAGUUGUAUGACACAUUUCAAUAAUAAAGUGA